AGGUCUGCCAAAAAGAUCCGAGAAGAGAUCCAGUGAAUCUGUUGAACGCUGAGUUAAUACUAGGUACUUAUUAAAGUCGAAAAGUUAGUUGACGACAAAUCAAAGCUGAGCACGGGUCUGAGGUGUAAUGUCCGUUGAACGUAGCAAAAAAAUACCAAUGGAAUGUUAAAUGUGGCAAUUUAUGUGUGCUGACCUAAUCUAGUGAUACGGCCCAUCUGGAACAAUAAACUAAUUUCCAUCAAUUAAGGUCAUAGAUCUUCGAGAAGCAAUAGGCACCGAUUCAUAAACCUCGACCAGCCGCCGGUCAGUUCGGCUUUAACGAGCAUAAAAUAAACAUGUCAGAUUGCCCCUUAGUUCGCGGCGGCGGGGCUGCCACGCCUCCAGGAGAAAAGGGUGUACGCCGACCAAAAUGUGCGCGUUGUCGAAAUCAUGGUGUCAUAUCCUGGCUAAAAGGCCAUUCGCGUCACUGCCAAUUUCGGGACUGCGCGUGCGCUAAAUGCAAUUUGAUUGCUGAGCGUCAGCGUAUAAUGGCGGCGCAAGUUGCACUUAAAAGGCAACAAGCUGCCGAGGAUGCCAUUGCGUUAGGCCUGCGAGCUGUCGCCACUGGAUCUUCUCUCGAGUACCUACCUCCAGGGCCAAUCUUUGGACUACCUCUUGCUGCCAACGCGGUAUCUGCCAAGAAAGCGCAAAUGCAACAGCAAAGAAGAAAGAACCUUGAAGAAAACGCAGAGCAUGCUGAUGAGUCUAGUCUUCAAGAUAGCCAGAACUGUACAACCGCAACAGCUGCAGAUACAAACAAAUCCGACGACAACGAGUCCGAUUGUACCGUGUCCGAUUCCGAGUCAAAACGCGCGCGUUUUUCGGACACGCAGAGUCCACCAGUGGCCUCAUCCUCAUCGCCCGCACUGCCUCCUCAAGUGGAUGUGGACUCCACGACUUCCCAAGCACCUCCUCCAGCUCCUGGUGACCAACUGGCUAUAUUACAGCGCCUAUUUCCACAUCAGAAACCCACGUUACUCCAUUUACUUCUUCGAAGUUUUAAUAAUGACCUGGGCAAGGCUCUUGAAUAUAUUCUAAAGUGUGAGAACUCAUUACAUGUGCCUCCCCUCAUGAUAUCAGAUGAUAGCUCUGUUGCAUCUACAACUGCAAGUGCCGGAUCCUCUUCUACUACUGAUGUUUCUUCCCGUAGCAGCGCUUUCCGUCCUUUGUGGAACCCCUUAUUGCCCAGGCUCGAUCUACCAUCGUAUCCUUUGUUUCCAGUGGGCGUAGGGAUUGGGGUUGGUUAUCCCAACUGCCCGCCUGGAUGCGCUCAGUGUCCACCGUUCUUACCUCUUGUCACUCCUCCAUCUGCACCGAGUAGUACAGAUGAUAAAUGGGUAUCCCCGGAAGAGCUUUUAAAACGUGAUUCUGAUUGAAACGAUAAGUGGAAAUAAUAGAGGCGUAGAUGAAGCGACACACUCUAAUUAGCUCCGCGAGGAGUCUACAUAGAGUCACAUAUAUAUACAGAAGCCAACAAAUUGUGUAGUUAGGCUGAGCAUUGAUUGUUCGCUAUGAUAUGGUAUUGUAUAGUAGUAUAUAAGACUCACAACAAAAAUUUAGGGCUACGAUGAUGAUAAAGAAACAUA